AUGUCGGGACUGGGCGACUCACAUACUCAUUUGACUUGGAACAACAACGAACUUGAACUGCUGGGCGAUAUCAGCGUGGAAGAGCACGUGUUAAUCACAGUCAAGUCUGCGCUAUGUUAUCUCGACUUUAGCUACACAAUGUGUUAUGGAGCCGCGUCUGCGAAAGACCGGCUGGACUGUGUGGCCAGGGACGCCAUCAAUAGGGGCAACAUUCCUGGUCCUCGCUAUCUCGCCAAUGGGCGAGAGAUUGCUCGAAGAGACGGCGAACUAGCAGCCGGCAUUACUGCUUUUGCUGACGGGCCGCUGGAGAUGCGGGAAGUCAUCAGGCAUCAUGCUUGGAUCGGGGUCGACCAGAUCAAGCUGAGCAUGCACAACAGUCUCCUAAGCAACAUUGUGUCUGCGGAAGAAUGUUUCUUCAGUGACGAAGAGACAGCUGCAUGUGUGGAUGAAGCCCAUCGGAACGGUUUGCGAGUCUGUUCUCAUGCUCGAGCACGGGACUCGGUCAUCCAAUGCGUUGAGCAUGGUGUUGAUGUGAUCUACCACGCAUCCUAUACGGACGAUGUGGGAAUGAACAUGCUUACAAAGGCAAAACACAAGCACGUUGUGGCGCCGGCGAUCAACUGGCUAUACACCACGGUCCACGAGGCCGAGCCGUUUGGAUACACCUUUGAGAAAGCCGAGCAGGUCGGCUACAAGAAGGAGUUGGAGAUCGCUAUCAAGGCGUUGAAAGAGAUGAACAAGAGAGGCAUCACAGUCCUUCCCGGCGGUGACUAUGGGUUUGCAUGGUGUCCUCACGGCACAUACGCCCGCGAUCUCGAGCAUUUUGUCAAGCUGCUGGACUUUACGCCCAUGGAGUCCAUCAUCGCCGCAACAGCCGGCGUGGCCAAGCCGUUCAUGCAGGAGAAUGAACUGGGCAAGAUCCUACCUGGGUACUAUGCCGACUGCAUCCUCGUCGACGGCGAUCCGCUCCAGGACAUCGCCGUGCUCCAGGACCAUAGCAAGUUGGACGUUAUCAUGAUCAAUGGAAGGAUCCACAAGUCGUACCUGUCCGAUUUGGUGACCGAACAGCCUCCCUCUCCUGCCCAGCCACUGCAGGUGAAGAAUCCGUACAACUUUGUCACUUUCAAAGACGAGCUAGGCAGGGCCCGUGUCGGCCAUCUAGACCUAGAGCCGUCGGUCGUGCAUGCUUUCCCGAUGCCUUCGGGAUCCCCUCUGAGCAGCCUACAACAAGUAAUCGAGCUAGGUCACGACGCCGUCGUGCAGACAGGAGAUUCAUUUCCGCUGUCCUCAGUCAAGUUGCUGGCUCCGAUCGCUGACAGGGACAUCGUGUGUGUCGGAAACAACUACGCAGACCAUGUCAAAGAGUACAGCGAGAGCGGGUGCGACGCGCAGAUGAUCCAACAGAAAGUACAAGCGUCAUCGCUGCGGACGAGGAGAUCUAACCGGGGUUUCACCGACUGUCUCGACUACGAAGGUGAAGUCGGCGUCAUCAUCGGCAAGCCGGGAUUCGGCAUCAGGGAGAAGGUCGCGAUGGAGCAUGUCUGGGGCUAUACCAUCAUCAAUGAUGUGACGGCGCGAGAAAAUCAGAGUGAUCACGGCCAAUUCCUGAUGGGCAAGUCGCCAGACACCUUUUGUCCAAUGGGACCCAUAGCUGUUCCCAAGGACGCUUUGCCAAAGACGCUGCACGUCCAGACAUUUGUGAAUGGUGAAAAACGCCAGGACGGGACGACCGCGGACUUGAUCACGUCGAUUCCCAAGCUGGUCGAGAUCAUCUCAGCCAGCUUGACCCUCCAAGCAGGCGAUGUGAUCGCGACAGGAACACCCGCCGGCGUGGGCGUCGGCUUCCACCCACCGAAGUUUCUCAAGCCAGGGGAUUUAGUCGAGGUAUCCGUGACUGGACUGGGAAAGCUCAGGAAUCGGGUCUCAGACACAAGGCCGAAUGCCCUAGCAACGCGGCCCAGGUCCAGUCUUCCAAUAUACAAUCUGGAGCGCACGUGGGGUGCAGCUGGCUUGACGCGCGUGGGGGACAAGAUGAUGAACGUGCGAGAGAUCGGAUCACCGCCUAGUAACACGAUCGUCUUCAUCCAUGGCCUGGGUGCUUCAUUGGAAUACUACAUGCCGCUGAUCCACGAAGCUGGUCUGGAAGCGACCCAUCACAUCAUUCUGUACGAUCCGGAGGCACACGGACUGACACCCACAGCGGCGUCCUCGAUCGUCAGCGUGGAGUCGUACGUCGCCGACCUGGAGAAUCUCUUCACCGCCAAAGAAAUCGCCAAAGCCACCGUCGUGGGCUGGUCACUGGGCGGACUGAUCGCGAUGCUCUUUUCCGAACGGAACGCUGCUGCCGUUGAGAAGCUGGCUCUCCUCGGCCCCGGCCCCAAACCCUUUCCCUGA